AUGCGUUUGGAGAGCUUGCUUUUCUUGGCUGCAACCUGCAUCGCAGCUUCCACGGAUGGCUUCAAUGCUGAGGACAUUGUCACUCGCGACGUAUGCAUCCUCGGAGGUGGUGCUACAGGUACCUAUGCUGCCAUUCAGCUAAGAGAGAAGGGCCACAGUGUUGCCCUGGGAUAUUUCAACAACGACAUCACCAAGAACUUUUUCAGCCAGCUCAACGUUGACUAUGAAGCUCUGUUGCCGGGAUCAAUCAUCAUUGAAAAUGUGAACUUCAACACAGGAAAGCGAGUGCUUCCUGGAAAUGAGCUCCUAGGUACUAUCGCGGGUGCUACCCUGUACCGCGCCGCGAUCGAGCAGUUUAACUACCUGUCAACGGGGGCCUAUUACCUCCCAGACAAAGUCCCGGAGGCUCUCCUCCGUCCAUUCCACGAAUUCGUGGAAGAACAUGCCCUUCAAGGUGCGAUGGAUGUCAUCUUCAUGUUCGCUGAGAAUGUGGGUGAUAUCCUGAAUGCUCCUUUGCUAUAUGUGAUCCAGAAUUUUGGUAUCACACACAUCGACGCGCUGUUGGGAGGGGGAUACAUCCGACCAAAGAAUGGCACAGGCCAAUUGUUUAACAAGGCCGCGAACUAUGUCGCCAAGGAGAACAUUUUCUAUGAGACCACGGUUUCUCAGGCGAAGCGCAAUUCUACUGGGGUCGAAAUGAUCGUCAAGAAUGCUGAUGGAACCCGGAAACUCAUCAAAGCGAAGAAGCUACUCAUUACCUUCCCUCCCACGGCCUCCAGUCUGAGCGGGUUUGAUCUUCGUUCAGAAGAGUCAACUCUUUUCUCAAAAUGGAACCACAAGAGCUACUACGCCGCGGCUAUUACCAACACUGGUCUCCCCGACGGCAUCAACGUCGCUAACACCAAUCCAGAAAACCAGCCCGGUAGUCUUCCGUUGCCUCCCUUUCAAUGGCAAAUGGAGUAUUCCGGUGUGCCCGGUUAUUUCAUGAGCAAAAUUGUGGCCGACAGCAAUUUUACCGCUGAAGACGCGAAAGAGCUGAUUCGAUCCGACCUGAAGCGUAUGGGCAAGACAGGCGUAUAUCCGACAAAAGAGCCCGAAAUUGCAGCCUUCGCUUCCCACUCACCUGAAACCCUUAUUGUUUCCACAGAUGAUGUGAGAAAUGGAUUUUACAAGAAACUGUACGCUCUACAGGGACAGCAAAGCACCUUUUACUCCGGCUACGCAUUUUGUACAGACUAUUCCACUCCUUUGUGGAACUAUACUAGCAGUGUGUUGGAUAUGAUGGAUCUAUGA